AUGAUCACGACAGCGAACUGGUUCCAGUCCGCUAAGACUCAAUCAAAUUAUUCCUCAUUCACCGACAUGGCUCAAUCUCACUUCAGAAGAACGCAUGACGUGCAUUCAUAUGCAAAGUUCUAUCAAGAAAACGAGCGUAAACAGAUGCUGCGCGAGGAAAAGAAACGUCAACGCAAGCGCGAGGAGCAGCGAAAGCAACAGCAAACAUUAACACUCAAUUCAACAGCGCUGACAACGUCACUCGAGCGAGAUAUCAGGGGCUCAAUUGUGACAGAGAAUCAGACCUCAAGCUAUACGUUGGAUAGUCCUCCCGACUUCCCUCUCCGUAUCGACGAACCAAAUCCCAAUCUCAUUGAGGCUCUCGCGACAGGCGAGUCAUACCACGGCGAUGCUUUGGGCGAUCUCACACAUACAAGGCUACCUUUUGCCUCGAGAUCCGAGAUCGAUGGUUUUACAGCGGAAACCGGCAAAUACACCACACAUGAUGGAAUCAAGUUUUCGGAACACUGGUCGCCUUGUGCCUCUGUACUUUCUCAGCCUCCCACAGGAUUGACCUCACAGGAAAUCGCAGUUGCCUCUCCACCAAACAAGCAGUCCCUGGCUCUCGGUCCAGUUAGAUCUUCAACCGGGCAACUUCGCCUGGCAGUUUGUGUUCCAAAUGACGUGAACGAAUGCACUACCCAAGACAAGGAGAGGAGCGAGAACGGCGACACCUGCGGAAGCAGUGAUGACGGCUCAGCCAACGACGAUAACGGGAGCUCUGAUGAUGACGACAACGAUCGCGAGAGCUUUUCUUCGAUUGGAGCGGUUCGGGAACCUCAAAUUACGGAUCGACACUGGCCGAUGACCUUCUCAACAAGCAACUCGGCGGCGCUCGACCCUGCGAAGAGCCCACUAUACGCAUCAAGUCCUGUUUCCAAUUUCUCCGUCGAUGAUGUCGCCGCUUCACUGGGGAUAACGGAAGAAUAUCAACCAGACAUUUCUGCGCUUCCUACUCCAUCCUCAGAUCACGCCUCCGUCUCACAGCAAGGUGGUGAUGCCGUCACUAGUCGGAGAAAACGAGGCCACGAGGCAAGCGAACAUGGUCAUGAGAGCGACGAUCUUUGCCUUCCUAAACGAAAGAGAUCACGAGAUCCCAAUAAGACGACUGCAAUAAAGGCUCUUCCAGCGAGAACUUUGCGCGCACUACCUUCUCGAGUCUUGGCAGAGAAGCCACGCAGGAGCGGCGUUCCAGCCCAGUGCGAAAGACAUAUUCGGCGCUCCUCAAGAUCAAAGCCACGGUCUCGCGCCUCUAGCCCCAUAAGUUGUCACGAUGUCCAACCUCACCUUGAUGGGCUUCCCUCACUGGACGUGGAUAAUGCCCCAAAUAGAGGGAAGCGGACGAGAACACGGCGGGGGCGAUCGCAAACUAUACUCGAGGUAACUUCGCCGCCUUCGUCUCAUUCCAACCAUUCUUCAGCAAAGUCUAAUCCUCAGAAGAAUGGACGAGUUUGCUUCCCUCCUGCCGCCACCACAGUGAAUGCAUCCUCAGCCACAUGUCACACCUGUGGCUUCUCUGCAGAGCAUUUGCUGCAGAUAAGCGAUACCGUCGAGGCUCUUACUCGAAGUGUUGCUGAGCUGUCUGGCAAUGGAAGGGAAUCAGACAUUCUUCGGCUGUUCCUCGGUUUCGUUAGAGAUUAUGUUACGAAGAGGCUUUCACAUAAGGCAAUAAUCACGGGAAUCUGCGAUCCCUAUAAUGGGACAAAUCAAGAACAGGUACGGGAGGCAACUGUGGGGCUAUCAAACUCCGAGACAGUCAAAGAUGACGAAAGCUCAGAUGGCAACUCUGAAGACAGCGACCGCGAAAGCGAAAGUGUGAGUUCCGAUCGUCGUGACAGCCCUGACAUUCCUGAGCAAAAGAGCAAGAGACCUAAGCGUCUUCGUUGGACACCCUUAGACGAGUUACGUCUGCGCGCAUGGGUUCAAGAGGAAAAGGAGUGGUCGUGGAUUGCUGGUAAGUUGCAACGAAGCGAGCAGGGUGCCUUUCAACACUGGGCUAUCAUGAAGAAAAGGGAGGAGGAACUGGGAAAGAUGUGA